AUGGCAGAUUCAUAUUAUCAUUUGGCACAGUUACGUACUACACGAGACACCUCAAGCUAUGACCCAUUACCAGCGGUCUCUUUGGAGCAUAUUGCGUCACAAUUCGACGAGUCCAGCACCUUCACACAGAAUUUGUACGCUACUGAGAUGCAAAUAGAAGACUCCGCGGCCAUCUCAUCUCCAGUGAUAGGAGAUGAAGCUGGCGUGUACUCACUCGAAGAGAGCGUCAGCAGUGCAUACGUAGUCAGCUCUCCCUCAGACCUGGAAGCUCAUUUCCGGCAAGUACGUAUCGAUGAUGCUCCUAUGUCCAUCGAGGAAGAAGAAGAAGCUUCUCGAACACAAGCAACGCUGAACUUUGAUUCUUCCUCAUGCCGCAGUUUCUUCAACAGACCUCGCAUUCAGCCCUCGGCCUAUCAGCGCCCUGCAAGGCGAUCUGUAUCUCCUGAUGGUAGGCCACAGAAGUCUACUACGUCAUGGUAUCUUAAACUAAAUUCAUCUUUUGAAACAGCAGUCCCUGCAUUCGACGAGCACUCACAGUUGCCGUCCCAGACCUCGCUUGAAAAUGGGACUAUGCAUUACGGUUCGGCAACAGCGCAGACACCGCUGCAAGACUUCCUUGAACAACGACAUGCGAGGGAUCUUGGCGUUGGCUUCUGGAUGACUGAGGCGCUAAAUGAUGAUUUGUUGCCUGAACUACAAGGCGAUCAAAAUGGAAGUGAUAACGCACUCUGGCUCCAAUCUGCGCUUGGAUUGAACGAACAUCUUGGUCACCAUUUGCCAAAUCUGCGAGACUUGGGGCGGACUCCGCUUUUUCAAGGCCAGCUUCAGAUGGAGUAUCGACAUAGUCUUCCUCAGCAGUUCGACGUGGAGCGCGAAAAUGACGCCUUCCCUCGAAACUCAGUGCACAAGACCGCUUCGCGUGGAUGUAAUGCAGAUGGUCGCACUCAAAUGGCUGGCAAAAGUAUGAAGCCCUCACGCGGUCUUAGAUUCAGAUCUGUGGCUGUGAAAGAUCAUAUCCGUCGGCACGAGUUGACAAAUGUUGCUGGUGGCCGUAGGACUCGCUCCACCCUUCAGGACAGUGGCAUUUCCAAGCCGACCAAGAAUCGGAAAGCAAGACUCAAAAGGCCCUCCGAAUUGAGACAUCUGAAACCAAAAAGACCGCGAGGGCUCUAUGGUGAAAGGAUGGACUCUGCAGAGCUUGGAAAUCAGGAGGCACAUGGAAGGCACAGGGAAAUGACCAUGGGAAAAGGGUCUGCGGCCAGAGAUCUGGGCAUUGGGCUAUGA